AUGGAGUCUUUCAAAAGAGUAAAGCUCGGCACAAAUGAGUUUGCGUACUCGCAGCCCGCAUUCUUCGGUGUUCCGUCUCUCCAUUGCAACAACAUCUCGAAGCCGAUUUCUACUUUCGGCGACAAGAAAGCCCCAGCCUCUGCGAUUUUCGCAGACGCGGUGGCGCCGCAAGCGCAGACAUUUUCCCGCGACGUUCAACGACCCGUCGCCGGCGACGGCUGCGACUCAGCGACGACGCGUCGCACGUGCCACUUCGAUCGCGUGCCCAACGAGCUAGUCGCGGAAAUCGCGCGCUGCGUCUUCGCUAAAGCGCAAUCGGCGGCGGACGUCGCGGGGAUGCUCGUGACGUGCAGGCGGUUCAGCAGCGUUUGCCACCCCGCCGCCAGCUGGUCGCUACGCGCCUCGGCCGCCAUCGAAAUGCUUCUGCCGGCAGACGCGGCGCGAUGGACGGCGGCGGCGCAACGCCUGCUUCUGAGCGCCGCAGCAGAAGGCAACCUCGAGGCGAUUUACGUUGUGGGCAUGAUCUCCUUCUACUGCCUCAACAAUCACUGGGCGGGCGCAAAGCUCCUCGCGCAGGCGGCGGAAGCGGGGCACGGCGCGGCGAUGUACUCUCUCGCAAUAAUCAACUUCCACGGCAGCGGCGGCGCGGCGGACGACGCGAAUCCCGAGGCUCCUUCGGACCGCGUCCUUCUGGAACAGGGGGACGAUUCUUUGGACAUCUGCCGCGUGGUGAACGGCAUGUGGCAGAGCAGCAGUGGCGCGUGGGGGCAGGCAGCCCCAGAUGCAGUGGUGACUGCGAUGCUGCAGCAUGCUGACGCCGGGCUGACCACAUUCGACAUGGCCGAUAUAUACGGCCCUGCAGAGAGCUAUUAUGGAGCGAUGAUUGACAGGCUUAGGAGGGAGCGAGGGGAGGAGGCUGCAUUUGGCGUGCAGGGUCUCACCAAGUUCGUCCCACGCCCUGACCGCAUGACCCGUGACGUGGUGGAGGUGGCGAUCAACCGCUCGCGCACGCGCAUGCAAGUGAAGACCAUCGACCUGCUGCAGUUCCACUGGUGGGACUAUGCCAACCCUGGGUACCUGGACGCGUUGAAGCACCUCACAGACCUCAAGGAGGAGGGGAAGAUUAAGGCCAUUGGACUCACCAACUUUGACACCACGCGGCUGCAAGUGAUUCUUGAAAAUGGCAUUCCCAUCGUCAGCAACCAGGUACAGCACAGCCUGGUGGACAUGCGGCCACAGCAGCAAAUGGCUCAGCUCUGUGCUCUUACAGGGGUGCAGCUUAUAACGUACGGCACUGUAAUGGGAGGGCUUCUAUCAGAGAAGUACCUGCACGCCAAGGAGCAUAACAGCAUGUUCGGUCCUCGCCUCGCCACUCCCUCUCUGAACAAGUACAAGCAGAUGGUGGACGCGUGGGGCGGGUGGGCGCUGUUCCAGGAGCUCCUGAGGGAGUGUGAGACAGUGGCAAAGAAGCACGGGGUUACAAUCGCUGCAGUGGCCGUGCGCUCUACUCUCGACCAGCCAUCGGUGGCAGCAUCAAUGGUGGGCGUGAGGCUGGGCCUGCAGCAGCACAUCGCGGACAACAAGGUGAUCUUUGGUUUGAAAUUGGACGAUGAGGAUCGCGCAAGGAUCACCAGUGUUACCAGCAGAGGCCGGGACCUUCUUGCUGUGAUUGGUGACUGCGGGGACGAGUACAGGUAG